AUGUUUCGGUGUAAGACUGCCUGGUUUUCCAGCAGCGUGCCACAGGCCUGCUCCUGCUUCUGGAUGUUGGAGGGUGGUUCUGCUGCUGGUUGGAGGGAAGCAGAUUACCUUUUCAGUGCGGAUGCUGCAUGUCCUGAUACUGUGAGAAUAUUUGAGAGCAAAGAUUACCUGUGGAACAAGGUGACGGUGUUUCACAGCUUGUUUCUGUCCGUCUGUGAGCGGCGGCAGAGUGUGAAGUCUGUGUCCAUCGGUCACUAUGUGCUGCCUCCGGCCUCCGUGCAGGACGAGGUGAGAAACGUGGUUGGGAGGCUGAUUUGGGAGCGUCAAGACGAACAGUCAGUAGCACAGGACUCCUGUGAGGGUUGUAGUCCCCCUACAGAGGAUGAGGACAGUGAAGAAGGCAGCAGAAGCCACUCUGAACCGUCUGAGACAGACUCCUCAGAAAGAGAAGCUCCUCUGGGUGGUCACUGGGGAAACUAUCGCAGUGGUAGCAUGCUAGCAGGGUACGUCAGCAUAGACAACCUGCAGAAAUAUUCAGGUGAACUGUGUGAUUUCCAUCCCGGCUAUGUCCAGUGCUCCAAAUGCAAAGCGAACAUAUAUGAAGACAACACAUAUGAAAGCGUGUUGUGCCGUUCUCAGUUGCAGACUGGCGGUAAUGUACUCACAAAUUAG